AUGGUCGAUGGUCUUGCAUGUUAUCAAUGUAAUAAUUGUAAUGAUCCAUUCAUGUCAACCUAUGUUGGAGUAACAUAUCAAAAUGAUACAUUACCUUAUUCUUGCGUAAAAACAACUUCGGCAUAUGUUACUACUCGAAAUAUACUAUUGAAUUGUACAUCAUUUGGAACUACUGGAAAUGGUCAAUGGUGUUGUCAAAAUAAUCUUUGUAAUAAAGCGCCGAAAAAUAUAUUAACAAAUGCUUUUAGUUUUAGCAUCAUUACUUCAAUACUUAUGAUUUUCUUUUAG